AUGUCGCCCGCAUGCUGUCUCCCCAAACAGGAACACAAGGAUAAAGAUUUUCUGGAGCUUGUUACUUUGACAUCAGGCUCGAAGAAACUAAAAUUGGGGCAAACCUCCUCGAACGACGACAGGGAUAAAGAUGACGAUGAGUACGAUAUAAUAUUUCCAUCGCCAUACAACUUCAAUGGUCCGUUCGAUAUCCAAUUCCGUGACCACCAGACGACCAGGAAGGAAAGGAUGUACGAAAAGGUGUUAAAUCCUUCUUUCGUCAUGAAGUGCUCUUGGCCCCCUCAUGCGAAGAAAGACUUCGAGCGCAACAUGUACCGAGCUUCAAAGGGCGAAUUCAGAACGAUGACACUCUCGUCUCACGAGCCAUUCAAUUCCAGAGGUUAUAAAUCGACAAAUUCGUACCUGCUUUCACGUCCCAAUUCGAAUACCAGCGACUUUCGUCUAAAAGAUAUUCCAGAGAGCCCCGACUAUUGUAGUUUAGCGGUGACGCUUCUUCGGGAUCAAGGCUGUAGCCUUGAGUACUGUGAUACCGCUUGGGAUUUGUGCAUCUGUCUUUUGCAUGCCAUGCUCGGUUCGCAUUGCGGUUCUCUUCUCCUCUCCAAAAUCGAGUUAAUCUUCGCAGGGUGGCUUUCAACGUAUCAAUGCGGGUGCCUGCAACGAGACGUCAGCAUCGGGAAUGUUCUCAAGCUAAUGCGACCUGCCCAAAUGGUACCGUUCAGCAUCGACAAGUUGAAAGAGUUUCACCACGCCAUCAUGUACAGCAAUGAGAAUGUGGGCGAAUUUAGCAAGGUAGUGCGCGGCAAAGUCGAGGCAUUGGAAGAACGUUUAAGUAAACCAAGAACAGCUCGGGAGGUAAAGGAAGAGGUUGGGAAGGCAAUGUCCACUGCCGAGGCUCUACAGAGGGAAAUUACAGAACUAGGGCUGUCUGCCGAGUGCCGGGCUAUUAUUUCAGAUGGUGAUCUCGCAUCGUACAUCCCCGCCUACUUGGCCAGAAGAGACACUUCAGAAUCGGUCUCAGGAACCUAUGAGUUCAUGUCUCCUGGUAUUCGUGGUGCCAUGGACGCGGAAGAUCGAUACCUCCAUACUCCACUGGACGACAUGUAUUCGUUCUUUUAUGUUGCAGUGUGGGCGACUUUGUGGAAUAUCAAGAAAGGCCAUACCAAACGUGAAGAUGUUUGGCGUGAUGGCCUACGAAGUAAGGAACGUGAUGCCAAGGUGGUUGACCUCCUGGCUCAGCGUACUGAGAAACCUUCUCAAACUUAUGCUCCAAUCAUCCUUGGAAUGAUCCCUGUUCUUGAUGAUUGGUGGAUGAAACUUUCACAAUUGCGCAGAUCCUCCGGACCCUCCAGGGAUGAAGAUCAAGGGAUUCUUCGCCUGGUAUAUUUUGACCAGUUGGCAUACCGCGGUAUUGCAGACUUUGUCCAAAUUGUGAAGAAGCAUCUCCAGCAUAUCCAGAGUACAGGAUAG